AUGUCAAACCAUUUGUUCACACGCUCGGCAGAUGUCUCCAUCUCAACAGGAAGGCGGAACUUUGCAAUUGCAGAUCUCAUCCUGUUCUCUAUCAUCCAUCUGAUCCAGAUGCCCAUUCGUUACAAGCAAGAAUGGAAGUACUGGCAUCAUCGGAAGAAGAGACACCCAGGACGCUGCUUCACCUACUCUUGGUUCAGCAUGAUUGGACUGCUUUCUCAACUUCGCAUUGCGAGCUCUGCUAUGGUGAUUUCUACAAAUCAUACCAACAAGUCGAUGCUCAUUGCCGAGUCCUGCUUGCAAAGCGUUGGCCUUUCGCCGCUUUUAUUUGAAGUCAGUUUGGUCCUUUUGCGAAGCGGACAAGCAGGAGAAUACGGACGCGGAAAUUCGAAAUGGACCCUGCCAAUCCGAAUCGCGCUGCACGGGUUCCGAUUUCCGGUCUUUAUUUCGAUUGUUCUUGCAGUGGUGGGUGGGAUCAUCGACAUUCAUCCUUGCGGAGAAGCUGGUUCGGCUGUCCUCGUCGUCACUUUUGUGUUCGUCUGUGGUUUGGUCGGAUGGCUCGCUGUCAGGUCUCGGUCGACUCUGCCUGUGGCGGGUCACCGUGGCAUCUUGUUGACGGCAAUGACUCUCCCCUUCCUUCUGGUACGAAUCAUUUACUUCCUUUUGCAGGAGUACGGCCCUUCGAUGUUCAGUCCGGCUUCAGGGAGCAUCAGAAUCCUGGUUGGUAUGGGACUCCUGAUGGAGAUUAUCGUUAUCAGUCUUUUGCUGGUGGCCCGUGGAGUGAUCGAGCCGAUCCUUGGAUCGACUGAGAACAAGAGGCAUAUUUUGUCUGACAAUGCGGGAUGGGCUCGAAACUGA